GGAGGGGAGGGGAGGCGGUGGCUACGUGGCGGGGAGGGCGGUGGGAGAGGGCGCGGCGGGCGCGGCGGGCGGCGGCGGCUGCUGCGUCGGGCCGCGGGCGGUUGCGGCCGAGGGACCGACUGUUGCCUUGACCAGCGGCCUGGCUAGCCACGCGGCGGCCAUCGAGGGGCGAGGGGGCGACCUCGAGGAGCGGCUCGGCGGCCCAGAAGGCGCUGCGGCGGCGGCGGCGGCGCGGCGCGAGGUGUGGAGCACGCUCUUUGCGGUGCGGUGGCACGCCGGCACUCUGGUGGCCAACUACGCGGCCCGCGCGGCAGCGGCAAGAGUCGCGGAGCUGGGGCGAGAUCAGGCCGAGAGGAGGCGAGGGGCUGGUGAGAGUAGGUGACGCUAGGGAUCUUCCCCGCCAUCAGCGGCAUGGUCACCUCCACGGCGCCCUCCCCCGCGUGGCGCGGCCUCUUCCCCGCCGUCCUGUUUGUCGUCUUCAACCUGGGCGACAUGGCGGCCCGGCUCGCGCCGCCGUCCUGCCACCUCGUGCGCGGCCGCUCCACCCUCGCGCUGGCGCUGUCGCGGAUCGCCCUCAUCCCCCUCUUCAUGGUCUGCCACAUGCGCCCCGGAGACAGUGCCGUCCCGACGCUGCUGCCUUCCGACGCGGCGCCGCUAUUGCUCAUCGCCCUCCUCGCCGCCUCGAACGGCUUCCUCACCGCGUGCCCGCUCAUCUACGGGCCGCUCUCCGUGCCGCCGCCCGAGCAGAAGCAGGCCGCCUCGCUGCUCGUCCUCGCGCUCAACGUCGGGCUCACCCUCGGCUCGCUCCUCUCCUUCCUACUGCACGGGCUCGUCUGCAGUUGCAACCCGUUUGUGAACUGAUAAUUUUUGAUUCCCGCGUCGGCGGCCUGUUCAAGGCCUGCGAGCUCCGUGGGGGCACUCAGUCUUAUAUGCAUGUGCAUUACGGUGUGCCGUGUGCGCAAGUGUGUCUGGUUUACCUUUGCUAGAAAGUUCCAUUU